ACUACAACACACAAGUCUUUGAGAGGCCCAAGAGGUGGAAUGAUCUUCUUCAAGAAAGAUCCGGUUCUUGGGGUUGAUCUAGAAUCUGCCAUCAACAAUGCUGUUUUUCCAGGUUUACAGGGUGGUCCCCAUAACCACACUAUUGGGGGCCUUGCAGUUUGCUUGAAGUAUGCACAGUCCCCAGAAUUUAAGGCUUACCAGAAUAAGGUGGUCUCUAAUUGUAGGGCUCUUGCAAGCCGAUUGACUGAACUUGGGUAUAAACUAGUUUCUGGUGGAAGUGAUAACCAUCUGGUUCUUGUGGAUCUACGGCCUUUAGGUAUUGAUGGAGCUCGAGUGGAGAAAAUUCUUGACAAGGCUUCUAUUACCCUUAACAAGAAUUCAGUACCCGGCGAUAAAAGUGCUGUAGUGCCCGGUGGCAUUCGCAUUGGAUCACCUGCCAUGACAACAAGAGGAUUCACUGAGAAAGAUUUCAUAGCUGUUGCAGACUACAUUCAUGAGGGUGUGCAGAUAACAAUUGAUGCUAAACGCGCAGUCUCAGGAUCAAAGCUCCAAGAUUUUAUGAAGUUUGUAGCUUCACCUGAAUUCUCCCUAAAGGAUCGAGUGUUGGAUCUGCAGAGAAGAGUUGAAGCUCUUACCACUCAGUUCCCAAUGCCUGGAGUAUAACUUGUAUAGAAGGAAAUGCAAGCUUAACUUGUCUGUGCAACUAUUUCAAGGGAGCUUGUGGAUGACAACUUUUAGGUUUGGCAUGUAAAAUCAUAAAUUAGCAUGCUCUUUGCUAAAUAUUCAUCUUCAAUUUUGGUCUUGUGUGAAGAUGAGAAUUAAAUGACUAGUUUUCUCCUGGGGAAUUAUUUAGGGGGCUUGAAUUAGGGAUCCACACCUUUGUAGAGCCCUCUCUGGGUUGAAGUUUUAUGAUCCGAACCCUUCCAACACACUUUAGACUGUUAUCCCAAUCAUCAUUCCUCAGCUGAACGAGUCGAAUGAGAAAGGUGUUAGCCGUGCAGUGAGCUUGGGAGGGACGGUACAGAGCUUGGGCACAAUUCACGGAUGUCAAAGUUCAAACAGCCGCUCAUGAUGAGGGAAUGCCUUGCAGAGCAGGUAUGAAGGGCCUGAACAGCACAAGGGUUGAGGUCCUAAGAAGUUAUCUAAUUUGAUCCGUUGUUAAUUUGAGUAACAGAGAUUCCAAUUGUUUUACUUUCGCAAUAAUCAUCAAAUAAUAAACAUGCCAAUAUUUUAUCUGCUA